GUGCCCUGCCAUGCGGUUGUGCCCGCGGAUUGUUUCUUGAACUCCGGCUCCGUUUUCGAUUUUUGGCGUAAUCUCCGUGCAGAAGAAGUAACUUUCGAGUCCGAUUCCCGGUGUGCGGUUAUCUUUGCGCGUUUUUCGAAAAAGUGAAAAGAAGAAAGGCUAAUAAUUAAAGUGGGUGAGGCAAAAGUAGUAGGAUACUUACGGUAAAUGUAACAAAAAUAAAAAUUUGGCAAUCGGAGAAGUAAGGCCCAGGCAAAUACGGUAAUUUGCCCAAAAAAAGCCGCACAACAUCAAAAAGCAAAUGCAAGUAAGGUCUUAAGACCCCCAAAAAAAAUAUAAUUUCAGAAAAUAAUACUUUGCCAAUAACAUAUACAAAAGCCAAAGCAAACUCGUUUGAAAAAUAAUAAUUUGUAAACAAGAAAAGUCCAAACAAAAUAUAUAGCAAAGGCAACGCAAAUAAGAUAGAGAGAAAUAUUUAUUAUUUGCUUAUUAGGCCAAACUAAAUAUUUGCCGGCGGCAAAUGUUUAAAAGGUGUUAAGUGUUUCGUGGGAGUGAAGUUUUCAAACAGAAUACAAAUUCUACGUUGCAAAAGUGAGUGCAAGAAGUAAAGCAACAUGUGUGUGUUUUAAACGUGGCUAAAUAAAUCGAAACAAGUACCCGAAAAGUUAUUUGACAAGGAAAAGACCGGUACCGGUAACGGAAAAUUGAAAAAUGUGGCGGCAGAUCCUGUUUAUUUUACCCACCUUGAUACAAGGUGUCCAGCGGUACGAUCAAAGUCCCCUGGACGCCAGUCCCUAUUAUCGCAGUGGCGGCGGCUUGAUGCCCAGUUCGGGAACCGAACUGGAUGGAUUGCCGCACCACAAUCGCUGUGAACCCAUCACCAUCUCGAUCUGCAAAAACAUACCCUACAACAUGACCAUUAUGCCGAAUCUUAUUGGUCACACAAAGCAGGAGGAAGCGGGUCUGGAGGUGCACCAGUUCGCUCCGCUCGUAAAGAUCGGCUGCAGCGAUGAUCUCCAGCUGUUUCUCUGCUCACUGUACGUCCCGGUCUGCACAAUUUUGGAAAGACCCAUUCCGCCCUGCCGAUCACUGUGCGAAUCGGCCAGGGUUUGUGAAAAGCUGAUGAAAACCUACAACUUCAACUGGCCGGAAAAUCUCGAGUGUUCCAAGUUUCCCAUUCAUGGCGGUGAGGAUUUGUGCGUGGCCGAGAAUACCACCUCCUCGGCCUCCACGGCCGCCACGCCCACAAGGAGUGUGGCCAAGGUCACCACCCGAAAACACCAGACGGGCGUGGAAAGUCCGCACCGCAACAUAGGAUUCGUCUGCCCCGUGCAACUGAAAACGCCUCUGGGCAUGGGCUACGAACUAAAAGUCGGCGGAAAGGAUCUCCAUGACUGCGGAGCCCCAUGUCAUGCCAUGUUUUUCCCCGAGAGAGAAAGGACUGUUCUCCGAUAUUGGGUUGGAUCCUGGGCAGCGGUGUGCGUUGCCAGCUGCUUGUUUACGGUGCUCACGUUCCUGAUCGACUCGUCGCGUUUUCGCUACCCAGAACGGGCCAUCGUCUUUCUGGCCGUCUGCUACCUGGUAGUUGGAUGUGCCUACGUGGCGGGAUUGGGGGCGGGCGACUCCGUCUCGUGCCGGGAGCCAUUUCCGCCGCCCGUCAAGCUCGGCCGCCUGCAGAUGAUGUCCACCAUCACCCAGGGCCACCGCCAGACCACGUCCUGCACGGUUUUAUUCAUGGCACUCUACUUCUGCUGCAUGGCGGCCUUUGCAUGGUGGUCGUGCCUGGCAUUCGCCUGGUUUUUGGCCGCCGGCCUCAAAUGGGGCCACGAGGCGAUUGAGAACAAGUCGCACUUAUUCCACCUGGUUGCCUGGGCGGUUCCCGCCCUCCAGACCAUCUCCGUGCUGGCCCUGGCCAAAGUUGAAGGCGACAUUCUUUCUGGCGUUUGUUUCGUGGGCCAGCUGGACACGCACUCUUUGGGUGCCUUCCUGAUCCUGCCCCUCUGCAUAUAUCUCUCGAUCGGAGCGUUGUUCCUACUGGCCGGAUUUAUAUCGCUCUUCCGCAUCCGGACGGUGAUGAAAACGGACGGAAAGAGGACGGACAAACUGGAGCGCCUGAUGCUGCGGAUUGGCUUCUUCUCCGGGCUGUUCAUACUUCCCGCCGUGGGAUUACUGGGUUGCCUGUUCUACGAGUACUACAACUUCGACGAGUGGAUGAUCCAGUGGCACCGGGACAUCUGCAAGCCCUUCUCGAUUCCCUGUCCGUCGGCCAGAGCGCCGGGAUCGCCGGAGGCCCGGCCCAUCUUCCAGAUCUUCAUGGUCAAGUACCUCUGCUCGAUGCUGGUGGGGGUCACGUCCAGCGUGUGGCUGUACUCCAGCAAGACGAUGGUCAGCUGGCGGAACUUCGUGGAGCGGCUGCAGGGCAAGGAGCCCCGGACGCGGGCGCAGGCAUACGUCUAGUAUGAGACGGGUCCGGCGGGCGGGGCCAAGUCCACGCCCCUCACUCCCGACCCGGAGGCGGCCAACGAGAGUUACUUAGAGUUUAGCACAUAGACACCCUGACCCGAAGUAAAACACUAGGCCCCCAAAUGCAGUCGUAGUUCUUAGUGGCUUUGUAUAAAGUUCAUCAUCUAUGUCCGGAAACACAAGAAAUAGAAGAGAAAAUCAAAAGUUGACCCUAGGCUAUUGUUUGAAUUUGAAAUAUGUUAGUUAAUACGGAAGCAAGCUUGUUGAACCAAAACUACUCAUGUAAGUCGAGACUCUAGCUCUAAGUCGAGUUGUAUUCUGUAGAAUUUCAUUGCUUUCGUGGUAUACGAACAUUAGGCAUCUACGAUCUUUCAUUUUUGACGCGAGUUUUAAGUUAGGUUCUGAUUUUUUGAAAGCUUUAAAUGUGCCCUACAAUUAAUGAACGUACAUAUAUAGGUAGUUAUAUGCGCAUUCAAAUAUGAUUUUGAUUUGAAUGUUAGGCAUUAAAGGGAUGCGAGCCCCGACUGUUUUAUUGUAGGUUCUAGAAACCAAGGCUUCAAAUUACAUUUAUUAGUCACAGAACAAAAUAUUUACACCCACACACACUAAUUAUGCAUUAUAUAUAGUAUACAAUCCAUGCUUAAAACAACGGCAGUUCGGUGCUCACACCUAUGCUUCAUCUAUGUAUAAACAAAAAGGAAACCAUAAACUAUAUAAAUGUAUUAUGUAGCAAUAAAUGUCCUCCAUGUGCUAAACUUAAUGCAAAUACGAUUAUUAUAAUUAUAACUGUAACUCUAACUGUAACUGUAACUGUAAUUCUAACUGUAAUUGUAUAUUUGUUGAACUAAUUAAUUCUAAACGCAUAAUGAAAUAAUUUUUAAUUCAAUUUUUAAAUGACGUUGUAGUCAUAGCACUUAAGUGAACAAACAAACAAAACACGCAAACAUUUUGUUGCCACUUUAUGGAAAUUUUUCCCCUCACCCCACUAUUUAAGAGUUGAAACUGCCAUUUAAAUAUUUGUAGACACAUGAAAAGUCACCGAAAGUAAGAGAACGGCACACUGCUAUGUUGGCCCGUUGUUGAGCAUUUGUUUUCAGCGCAUUUAAUUGACUCCUUGAAUUAAAUUGGCACUAGAAGUACGUGAAAUUUAUGUCCAAGCUGAUUUUUGUAGCAUUUAAGCUGAUGAAAAUGCAUAUUAAUUAUAGCAAUUAACGAUAGUCGGUGUAACAUAGCGAGUGCCCAGCGGCAAGAGAACAAUUAUAAGUGUAUAAAACAAACAUAAACAUACAGAAAACCAUGGAAGCAUCCAAUGGAAAACACAAACGGAAAAUGAAAAAAUAAAACCUUAUUUUAUUGUUAAAGACUGAAAA